CAUUUCAUAUUAUCCGUGAUGGUUUAUUUUUGUAUCAAAUGAGCUUGUAAAUUAAUUAAGAACGUAGGAUUUUUCUUGUUUCUCUACUCCUGUCUUCCAUAAAAGUAGAAAAUGAUGAUAUCACGGUCUAAGCACCGUUCAUCAGCGGAAGUAUGCGCUGAUUGUGGAGCAUCAGAUCCAUCAUGGGCGUCUAUCAACCGUGGGCUCUUGCUUUGUGCCGAAUGCUGCAGUAUACACCGGAGUAUGGGGCGACACAUAUCCCACGUGAAAUCCUUGCGCCAAGGGUCAUGGCCACCUUCUUUACUUGCAAUGGUGCAGGCACUGACAGCACAGAAUGUGAAUAGCAUUUGGGAACACUCUUUAUUAGACACAACAGCACCUAAACAUUUAAGGAAGAAACCACAGCCUAAAGAUCCACUACACCCUAUUAAGUCAGAAUUCAUCCUUGCCAAACACUUGAGGUUGGCGUAUGUAUUGCGUGCAAGGCGGGAUGAGCCUCCGAGUGAGCUUGGAAGACAACUCCACAGUGCAGUGAGGAGCUCUUCACUGGAUACUGCUAUGAGACUGCUGGCACAAGGAGCAGAUCCUAACUAUUACAACCAGGAGAAAGGCACAACGUGUCUGCACGUGGCGUGUCGCGCGGGGCAGCCGGCGCAGACGGAGCUGCUGGUGUCGUGGGGCGCUGACCCCACCGCCAGGGACCACGCCGGGAACACACCUUCGGAUUGUGCAAGACAAGGCGGUCAUUCAGAGCUCGCCGACCGUGUGACCGAACUCGUAUACGAGGCGACGGACCGGAUGAUCUACUUCCUGACUGGAGAGAAGCCGGACCACUCGUCGGGGCGGCACUACAUGGCGCCGCGCGCGCACGACACGCACGAGAUGACGGACGUCGCUAAGGCGGCCCGCGGGAAGCUGCAGCUGCUACCUAAUCAACUUUUUGAAGAAUUGGUCAUGGAUAUUUACGACGAAAUCGAUCGACGAGAAACAGAAGCAAUCUGGCAGACCAGCGCUCUGGGCCUGGAGCGCAGCGGCGUGGUGUUCCUGCCGGUGAACCCCGCGCUGUCGGCGCCGCGCAACCAGGGCCGCCAGAAGCUGGCGCGGCUGUCGGGCGCCGAGCUGGCGGCGCUGCUGCGGGACGUGCUGCUGGACGGCACCCGGCGGCAGCACAUCGCCACCUUGCAGCCCAGGGGUAUAUCAGGAUUGAACCCGAUGUUGUCAGCGAGCCACCUGCGCCACUUCUCUCAGAUCUCCGACGAUGAGCCGCUCUACGACUCCGUGGCCUCCGACGAGGACUACGCGGCUUUAGCGCCGACCGAUUUUGAUAUGUCUAUCAUCCCCUCACGGAUCGGAGAACCACUCACAUCCACUUACAGCCCGUCACUUAUCAUCGAUCAUCCCCCCAAUAUAGAAUUACAAAGAACGCAAUUACCCAACAACUUGCCCCAACAUGUUCCCAUAGCACAGAAGAGUGAACUUUUAAACCUAAAAAAAGAAUUAGACAGCAGAGAUUCCACUAUAACCGAGCUGAAAACUCAGCUGAAAAACCUACAAUCCAUAGUUGAACAGUUGACUAAAGAAAAUAGCGUUUUGAAGACCAAUAGCAUAGACGAUGAUCAUAGUACGACGUCGCAGACUUCCGUCAACGAAAGCAUGAGUAGCAAUAUGGAAGUAGUUUCGAAAGUUCCCGAGAGGGGGCGCAGUUUAGAAACGGAGGAACUAACCGGUGCGGAUGAACUCGAUAUGAGGCAACCGUUGAAAAGCGUGCAACGGCCGGUCAGUAUGUUUGAGACUAGGGAGGGACCAAAGAGUAAUUGGCAAGUUACUAAACACCAGCUCACAACAUUAUCCGGACUCGAUCGUUCCCUCACAGCGAGUGCUCUAGAAGGCUGUUCGGACUCUGAUCCGUUGCAAGCAACGGAGAUGCCUGAGCCUCUUUCAGUCCAACGGAGGGCUGAGACUGUGACGAGAGCUAUACAGGAUCUGUGGGCAGCGGCCCGGGACAGGCAGCCGAGGUUGAGGGACCACGCUGAGUGUAUACGGAAAGCUGUGAGAGAACUACUGUUGCUCUUUCCACAGACAUGCCCCGAUCGCGAUCUACAAGCAGUGCUAUCGUCCCUCCGCUCCGCUUGUGCGGAACUGUGCUCGUCGUGUUCCUCUGCCCCGCCCGCCGCGCUCGACGACGUGAGAGCGGCCGCGUACGACCUCGCCAAGGCAACUAAACUACUAGUGACCCACUUUCAACCAUCAUCCUAGCGAACACCUUACUACUACACUACGGUGUAGUAUAAGUGUAAGUAUAAAGUGUUCAUUCUAUGAUGUUUAUAAGACAGUGUAAAGACAAAAUGGUGCCAAUCUACCCUCGUUUCUCGUUUUGAUUCACCCCUCCCCCCGAAGGUCUCGAUGACGUCAGAGAGGCCGCGUACGACCGCGCUAAUAGUGACUCAGUUCUAGCCACCAUCCUAGCAUGGUAAGAAUAAAGUGUUAAUUCUAAUAUGUUUAUAAGACGGUGUAAUGACAAAAUGGUGCCAAUCUACCCUCGUUUCUCGUUUUGUUUUGCCCCCUCCCCCCUUAGUGCCGAUGACGUCAGAGCGGCCGCGUACGACAACUAAACUAUUAGCGACUCACUUUCGUGUUAAUAUUAAGAUGUUUAUAAGACGGUGUAUAAAUAUCAACGUGCCAAUUUACAUUUCUCAAUAUCCAAUAAGAGGCAUGUCUAAUAAAGCAUUUUCUAAGAUUUUUAGUUAUUGAUAUCUUUCAACAGAGAAUAGGACAUGACAUUCAGAUAAAUGUGCAAUACAAAAAAGAUUAUUGUUUUAUAUAAAAACGUAGGAAAUGAAAGCGGGAGUCGGGGUUCAAUUGAGGGUAGGCGUAUAAAAAUUGGAACUCAAACUUAUGACUUAUGCACACUAUAUUCUCCUUUAGAUUAUGUGUUAAAUAUUAUCAUUGGCUCGUAUUCUGUCAUGUCGCUGCCCCGUAUAUUAUUUAACUAAGUAUGUUGAGAUUAAACUGAUAGGUAUAUCUUGUUAGUGAAGGAAAUAUCACAAAAAACAUAAAAUUCUGUAAAUUAAUCCGUUCUUCCUAAUUGUUUCAGUUCAUUAAAUGUAAGUUUAAUAUUAUGCUACAGUUGGUCACAGUGAAAAGUUUAUUACUUAUAUAUGUGAAAAAAAAAUUAUAUUAAUUGAAAUGUACAUAGAAUACCUAUUAGUCGACGGAGAAAUUAACGACGUUCAGCACUUAAUAGUAUUGAUUAUCAUAUAUAAUAUGGACACUUUUCUGUGUGCUCAACUGUACAUGAUACUAUGAAUUUUAUUUAGCGUUUAAUAUUUUUUUAUAAGUUUACUUUUUAUAGUAUGAUAAUGUAUGAUAAUAUCUUUCGGCAAAUACACUUGUGAGCAAUAUCUCGCGUGUUAAACAAAUGUUAUAUUAACAAUACCAAUGACAGUGAUUAUUAAUAUGAAUAAAUUCGAUUGUGUUUGCAUUUCGUUGCAUUGUUUUUGCUCUCAAGUGCAAUUAUGUUUAAGGUGUAUUUUAUAUUUGUGAUUUGUUGUGUUCAAUGUUUUGAUGUGAAAAUGAUGUAGUCUAAUAUUUUCUUCCAAACCUGUUUGCGUUUUGAUCAGAAACAAUUUGCCAACGCACUUUUGACGGCUAUAUUAAAUGACGGAUAAACAGUAUUCUUCUGAUUAAUACAAUUUAUAGACAAAGUAUUAACACCAAAUGGUUGGUGAGAUUAAUAAUUAGUGACAAAUUAUUGUAUGUGUAAAUGAGGCUUAAUGAUAUUAAGAAUGAUUGUAGUAAAACAUGCGUACCUACUCAUCUUUUCUGAAGAUCAAGUACUAGUUUACUAGGCUAGGCGGGUAAAUUGAAAAAAGAAAUGCUGAAGCUAUACGUCACCUACAUUGUUAUUUGUGAACGUGGACUGCGGUGAGCUAACGUGCCAGGCUCUUGCAAAAGAUUUUACACACAGACUUCGCUAUAUGCGGUUUCUCACUUAUGGCACUCUCUAAAUUGUAUGCCUAUGCGUUGAGAGAUGUCGACAGUCUUUUUCUUUAUAUAGAAUCGGAAAAUCCUAGUACGGCGAGCUCAGAAGAUAGCUGUUCCACUACGGAUUAAUUGCUGUAUGGGAGGAGACCCAGGUAUCUUCUGUACCACGUACCUGUCAUUUCUCACACGUGGAUAGGCAUUUUCAAUAUUAAUUACAAAUGUAUACUUAAGUUAUUAGUGAUUUCAUAGAGUAUACAUAUGUUACGGUUCAAAAAAACCAACGCGAUGAUAGGGAUUACGUUACAUUAGAGAUACAAAAAAAAUUACUGUCGAAUUGUAAACCUCCUUCUCUUUUGGAGUCUGUAAGAAAAUGAUAAUUUCUAUGACUUAUACUUAUGAAGUCAUUUCUGUAACUAGCAUUGGUAAUUUAAUACCAUAAAUAAAGAAACAUUAUGUGACGUUUUAGUUGGCCAUGAAGACGUGGGCUCUCGUUUUUGUGUCAUGAUUCGCGUUAGUUUGAGCCAACCUUUAGGCGGUACCUAUUUGUAUCGCACACAAGUGCCAUGCCCGCUCGACUGAGCAAAGGAAAUUUGUUCAAAUUGGUGUAACCAAAGCUUAUUAACCUAGUUUAGUCUUAACAUUUUUAAUCAGAAUGUCACAAAACUGCAUUUUAUCACUUCUCAUCUUCUACGUCAUUCCAUAUUAUGUGUUCUGUUCUGUAAUGAUAAUAAUUUUAAAUGAUAAAUUCUGUAAUCUGCUUUUAAAAUAAUUAGUUUACAUUGCGGGGACUUGAACUGUUUACAACAUUUAUAAAUGUGUAUAAGUUUUGAUUUUCGUAUCAAUUUGAAGCUGAGAAACGGAGCGAGAAACAAUGUCACAAUCCGAGAAACACAUCAAUUCUUACGACUGAUUUACUCAUUAAUAAACAAUACUAAAACAACAAAGGGGAGCGUCUCGAUUGUGAGAUUUUAAGUCUUUCAGUUCAUGUCCCUGCGAAUGAAAACAACGCAUUUUCUUAUACUGUAGAUGCUAAUAUCCAUAUUUACUCUCUUGUAAUAUUUAUAUAUUUUAUAUAUAAUUGCCGCACACUGUACCCAUAUAGUAUGCCUCUUAAUAAUUAUUUAAUAACUAGCUGUGCCCGCGACUUCGUUCGCGUGGAAUAGUCAUUUCGGACAUCAUUGAAGCCCUCAAUGGUCAAUAAUUUUCCCCGUCUUUUUUUUCACAUUUUCCAUUAUUUCUUCGCUCCUUAUAGUUGCAGCGUGAUGUUAUAUAGCCUAAAGCCUUCCUCGACAAAUGGUCUAUUCAACGCAAAAACAAUUUUUCAAUUCGAACCAGUAGUUCCUGAGAUUAGCGCGUUCAAACAAACAAACAAACAAACUCUUCAGCUCUUCAGCUUUAUAAUAUUAGUAUAGACAACGGCAAAAUUUAAAUCACUAGGAUUAACCGUCAAUCGUUUAAUAAGACUUGAAUAAAUGCUUGCCAUUGGUUGCAAUAUUAAUUGAAUAAACUUCUCCUUUCUUAUUGUUCCAACCAGUGCUGUUGACUGUAGUGGAUUACUCGUAUCGAAUUCUACAACUAUAAUUUUCAUACAAAUAAUUCACAACAGGCGCUUACAUCUUUACCAAGUAAAUAUUUUUGCACUAAAGUCAUAUAACUCUAAACAUCAGUGUGCGGUCAGACUUAUUCCAUAAAUAGAGGUGCUUGUUUCAAGAUAGGUAAGCUCCAUACUGCCCAGUGCUCAAAUAGAAGGUUUGCAGCGACUGGGACUGAAAUUACCUAGUAUCUACCAUAAUACCAGUGGGUCAAUAAAACAAAAAGUUAGUUCAUACAAUAAAAAAAAGACAUUAGAUAUUGAAACAUACAGUUAUACAUUGCUUUCCACAAUGUUGGCUCUGUUUACCCCGUAAAGGAUAAAGAAGUGAUUAUUUAUGUACGUAUUAAAUUAAGUCUAUUUAACGGUUCAAGUCCUAGUUAUUUGCGCUCCCAGUCGCUGUAACCCUCCUUAAUAGUACCCAGUAAAAAUAAUUUGAUAAAAAUCGUGCCUAAAAUGUUAAAAUUAUAUUCAUACAUUUGUUAGAUAGAACUAGAUAAUUUUAACAUGUUUAACUGAUCAGUUGUGUAGAUUUUUAUAUGAGCGUUCCAUAUUUAAUUAUGUGUUGAUCACGUAAUAGUUGAUACGAUGUGAAUUUUAAUAUUGUAGUUAUUAAAAACAAAUGUAUUAGCUUUCGUACGGAAUGUAUUUAGUAUUUAUAUACAUUAUGUGAUCACUAUAUGUGCCAAUGGUUAUGUAAAAGACGUAGGUUAGUCAAUCGGUGAAGCACUUUUGUAUUGUAUACCUGUUUCCAAGAUUUUUUUUAACAUAUGUUGUAUUUACAUGGUAUUUCCGAAUACUAGGUAAAUUAAUAACCCACUGCCCAGGGCUAUGCUUCCGGUAGGACUUUAAAAAUAUCUUUAUUAGAUGUUUAUAGUUAUGUCUAUUGUGGACUACGUUAGUCUCAUAAUGUGUCAACUCAUAUACCUUCCCCCGUAACAUGACACGCGCGACGCCGUCUUAGUAGCUCGCUGUCCCUUUUCACGUCAUAAUUAAAAACAGCGAUAGGAUUUCGCGCGAUAAAAAUGGCGUCGCGCGUGACCUGCCAUGGGGGCUUGGUAGACUGACAAUGAGACAACGAUUUUGUUUCGAAAUAUAAAUUAGUCGAAAAUGCAGGCUGAAUAUAUGUAGGUAGCAAGAAGUUGGGAAGCGGAAGCUGUCUCUGGGUUAAAAAGUAGGUAAUACAUCACAAGAACACACUAAAACUAUAUUCAAAUUCUAUUGGAAACAGGUGUACGUAUUUUUAUUUGAAUUUAUUGAAAUGUGUAAUAACCUUUAUUAAAAUUUAUUAAUUUGGA